UUUAUUCAGCCUCCGCCACAAUAACCAAGCUCAAACUUCUAUUCUUUCGUCAAGUAGUGGGGAGAUGAUUAAUUCUCUCGGAUCCAUGGUUUUGUACCGUGUAUUUCUACUUGUAUUGCAGGUUCUACUGCUAGGGGCGAGUUGCAAUGCAAAGAACAAUCACUCAUGCGUUGCUUCAUCUUGCGGCGAGGUCCGUAACAUAAGCUUUCCCUUUCGAUUGAAAGGCGAUCCAAAUAGCUGCGGCAACUCUAAGUAUGAGUUAGCUUGUGAAGAUAAUCGCACUGUUCUAUAUCUACGUGCUGGCCGAUAUUAUGUAAAGUCGAUCAAUUAUAAUUUCCAUUGGGAUGGAGAAAAUAACUUCUAUGGUACCAUCACGGUGGCUAAUGAUGGACUGCAAAAUGGUAAUUGCUCGUCCCUCCCUCGUUACUCAUUAGCACGUUCCAACUUCAGAGGCUCCUCCAUUCCAUAUUAUCCUUCUUAUGAAUCCUUACUAGCAUCGGUGGUCUUCGUGAAGUGCUCACAACCCAUUACUUCUGAUUCAUAUAUCAAUACCAAACCAUGUAUUGAUGGAGCAUACUCUGCCGACAUGCCCCCUAGUAUUUCCCAAAUGAAGGAGUACUCAUAUGCUGUACAUAAUGGCUCUGGUCUAAAGGUAGGUGAUAUCAAGGAUUCUUGCACCAUAACCAUGAUAGCAUUGGCAUCGGAUAUCUCGGGAUGGAAAGGAGAUCAAUAUAAUGGGAGCUCAACAUACAAGGACCUCCACAACAUGAUGUCCGAGGGAUUCGAUCUCACCUACAGUACAUAUUCAACUUCAUCAUUCACAUGGUAUUCGUUUUGCUUCAUGGGUUUCAGAUAUGGAGGGACGGGGUGCCUAUCCUGUAAGUGUCUUUCCAUGAAACUUUUUUUUCUUACAUAUAUAAAAUGUGCAGACAAAUCUGUAUGGGGCAUCACCGUAAAUGUUGCUUUAGAAACAAUUGCAAAUAUCCUCUUUGUAUUUGUUCACUUCAUCGCCGCAAAAUUUGUACUCGGAGCGCCAUGUGUGUUGAUAUUUCUAAUCUAUAAGUGGAAGAGAAGGCACUAUGCAAUGGAUGCAAACAUUGAAGAAUUUCUGCGAGCUCAUAACAACUUUUUGCCUAUAAGGUACUCUUACUCGGACAUCAAGAAAAUCACAAAAAAUUUCAAACACAAACUAGGGGAAGGAGGAUAUGGUUCCGUGUACAGGGGAACACUUAGAAGUGGCAAUGAAAUUGCAGUUAAGAUUUUGAACAAACCAAAAUCUAAUGGCCAAGACUUUAUAAGCGAAGUGGCUACUAUUGGAAGGAUCCACCACGUCAAUGUCGUGCAACUUGUUGGCUAUUGUUUCGAUGACUCCAAACAAGCUCUCGUGUACGAUUUCAUGCCGAACGGAUCUUUGGAUAAGCACAUUUUUUCUAGAGAUGACAAUAGAUUUCUUGAUCAUAAGAAAUUAUACGAGAUCUCUCUUGGUGUGGCUAAAGGAAUAGAAUAUCUACAUCGGGGAUGUGACAUGCAAAUUCUACAUUUUGACAUCAAACAUCACAAUAUUCUUUUAGACCAAAAUUUCACUCCAAAAGUUUCUGACUUCGGGCUUGCAAGACUUUAUCCCGCAAACCACAACAUAGUAUCAUUGACUACUGCAAGAGGAACCUUGGGAUAUAUGGCUCCUAAGCUAUUCUACAAGGACAUUGGUGGCGUCUCUCAUAAAGUUGAUGUUUAUAGUUUUGGGAUGUUGCUAAUGGAAAUGGCCGGUAGGAGGAGAAACGUAAAUGCAAAUAUUGAGCGUUCAAGCCAAAUUUAUUUCCCUUUGUGGGUUUAUGAUCAACUCGGCAAAGAAAAGGAGGUUGAAAUGGAAGAAGUAGAAGAGGAAAGAGAGAUAUCUAGAAAGAUGGUAAUAGUUGCUCUUUGGUGUAUACAGUUAAUGCCCGAUGAUCGGCCAUCAAUGAGCAGGGUCCUAGACAUGCUUGAAGGAGAUAUUAAUAAAUUGCGACUGCCCCCAAAACCGCUUUUAUAUCCGUCCGAGAAGCCAGUUGAUGACGUCGACAUUGAAAUAGAACUUGAGUCAUUCUCAACCUCAUCAAGUGCCCCAACAACUUCUGACGGGUACCAAUUUCGGAAUAACAAUGAAAUUACGGAUUCAUGCAUUGUUUAAUUUUCUUUUCUCCAUGUGGGAAUGAAAUGCAAAAUGGACAUAGUUGCAUCAGAAGCAUAAUUGACAUGUAAUUGGUGAACCUAGAUGAUUUCAGGGUUUGUUAAUUCCUGUGUUUUGUAGAAGAAUUGCCUCAUGGCUAUCUAUUUACGCUUCUUGUUUCCUAAGUGCUUUUGA